CAGUUAGCUGUUAUCGAGAGCUAUUUGCUCUGUUUGCCGGCAUUUAAAAAUUUAUUGUGUGUUUGUGAAUGUAAAAAUUUUGAAAACUUCGCUUGACUCAAAAAAAAAUAAAAAAAAAGGAUUAACAAAUAUCUUUGGGAUUAUAAUUUUUUUUGUACCUGUAAACGAGGUUUACUCGUAUCAUAAGAAAAUGCAAAGAUUUGGAGUAAAAAUUGACUUGUCACCAUUUUUCGACGAUGAAAGGAAAUUAAUAUUUAUAAUGGUCGAAUCUGCAUGGAAGUUUGUGGAGGACUUACAAAAUCGCGUGCGAACACUUUUCGAUGUGGAUUUAGUACGUUUCACAACCAGCGAUGAUUGCUUUUUGCAUCCCAAAGAGUCAAUUGAAAUCGUUAAAUUGUGUUCGAGUUUGAAAGCGUUUGUUCCCAAAGAGUGUCUGGAGAAAAGGAAAAGCAAAAAUAAAAAAGAAAAACGUCAUCAGGAUGAGGCGACGGUGGUGCCACCCGAGCUUCCAGCAAAAGAAGUGAAGAAAAAACGCAAACUUGAUGUAUUGGAAAACGCCUCCAACAGCUCCACGAUGACCGAAUCUAAAAGUAAUAACGGCCGAAAUGAUCACUUUGAUCUAGGCGUGGCAAUUAAGAGGCAAAAAGUUAAUAAAUCUAGUGAAAUAUCCAGCACUAGUGAAACUGUAGCAGAAACUAAUGACGGAAACAGGGAUCGUACAGCAAAUAAAAAAAAAACCAAAAGUCUUGCCAAAGAUUCUCCACAAGGUCAGGCAAAUCAAAUAGAAAAAGAAACUGAUUUCACUCGAUCUUCAAAAAUAACAAAUUCAACCCCUUUCCCCAAAACGGGUCUUAAAUUGGAGGACUCUGCCGAAGCUAAACACAUUCACUUUCUGGAUACGGAUGCAGCAGUAUCUACAACCGCCGAGACUGCCAAAGUUUGCAAGCAAGGCAAAAAAGUUGUAUUUCGGUGUCCUUUAAAUGGAACCCGCGAUAUUUUAGAAAAAGCACGUGUUUUCUCCUUGCCUUGGGCGAUUGUUGAGAAACCUAAAAGCAUUAUCGAAAUCAAAGAGAAUAUCGCACUGGAACCGAACAGUUUAACAAAAGGGCCGAUUAAAAGUGUAGCUCAGGACUUGGAAAAAUCACCCAAAAUAUGUCAAGAGACAGAAACUGUAACAAAAAAUGCAUCUGAAAGACUUACUGAGGCAACUGGUUAUGAAGAAAUUGAAAGUAAUAGUGAGGAGAAAACUAGCAAAGAAAUUCAACAGGAAUCUGCUGAUGAGAAUAUGGGAGGGAUUUCCAAUGAAAACAAUGAAACUAUCGGAAUCAAGAUUACCCUGAAAACUUGUUCAUCAGACGACAAAAAAGAGGAUCAGACUGUUGAACAUAUUGUCAGGGUUAAGAAGGCUGGUACGGCAACAGCUUUGUCAGACAACUCCACUGUAGACUGUAUUGAUCUCAGCGCUGACUUUGAUGAAGAGAUGGGAACAACUUCGUUAGCUGAAAGUAUUAAAAUCAAUUGCAAUGAUUCCGGCGAGUCUGAUAUUGAAGAAAUUUCCGAAAUUAUUGAUCUCAACGAAACCAACGAUGAAAAUACCAGCAAGCAAAGUCUCUUAUUACCGGCAUCUGCCUACAAUGAUACAAAUGUUGCGAAAAUUUUACCAUUUUGCGUAAGGUUAUAUGAUUUACCCAAACCGGAUGAUAUAAUAGUGUUCAAGGUUCCUUACGUCGGUAAGGGGCAAAAACGGUCUAAAACAAAUUAUAUGGCUGGGAAAUGUGAAUACAUCAAUCAACGUUUGAAAUCCAUUAAAAUCCUAGUAGUUGAUGGACUCUCCGAACUUCGUCAUGUACCGUCGAAAUAUCAUUGGAUUUCCGAUAAUAUUCAAUCUAACUCUUAUCGCUUGCAAGCCAAGCUAUGUGAUUUAGAAGAUGUCAAAAUUUACUCCGAGUCUUGAACUUUGUAAAAUUAAAAA